AAAGCUGGCGCUGAUUGGUCGGACGGCGCGCGCGGAGCCUGCUGGGAGAACGGGACUCCGGCCUUGCUCGGGCCGUUUGAACUUGGCGGGCCUGAUGCGGGCCGCACGGCCGUGGCGGGCCGCCUCUCCGGCUCCGUGCACCCGCUACCUCGCCCGCUGCAAGCCGGGCUUCCGGCCCUCCUCGAGCUUUGUUGUCGACCUCUUAGUGGAUUCUGGAGAUCCAGGGCUGGAGGAUGUGGCGUUGACCGAGUGCUUGUCGCCGCCGUCUCUGAGCUGCAGCAACUCCACCCUGUCCCUGUUGUCUCCCCUUGGCCACCAGAGCUUUCCGUUUGGUGCGGACGACAGUGAGGGGGAGGAUGAAGAGGCCCUGGACGAAGAUGCCCGUGAGUCAGAGAGCAAGGUGGAGAGCUUGGAAGGAAUAGAGUUCCAGCGGCGCUCCAGCUGUGAAGUUGAGUCGCAAGACAAACAAGAAGAGAAGCUGGUGCUGUUACAGGACGGCAGUCUGACACCAUGGGAGAUGUGGUUUGUUGGCAAGGAGAAAGAAGAGCGUGGCCGGCUACAACAGAAAGUUCUGGAGGAAUUAAAUCAGCAAAUAGAAAAAAGAAAAGAAAUGGAAGAACGUGAAAAAAGAAAGAUAAUUGCUGAAGUAAAGCACAAGGAAUGGGUUCAAAAGAAAAAUAAGCAGGAAAGGAAAGAAAGGGAACAAAAAAUUAAUAAGGAAAUAGAAGAAAAAGAAGCAAAAAAACGGGAGAAAGAACAUUUGCAAGAAAAAGCAAAAGAAAAAUAUCAAGAAUGGUUGAAGAAAAAAAAAGCUGAAGAGUGUGAGAAGAAGAAAAAAGAGAAGGAAAAAGAAAAGCAACGGCAAGCAGAAUUACAGGAGAAAAAGGAAAUUGCAGAAAAAAAGUUUAAAGAAUGGUUGGAAAAUGCGAAAACUAAACCUCGUCCGGCUGCAAAGAGCUAUGGUUACUCCAGUGGGAAGCUUACAGGUUUUUACAGUGGAAAUUCCUACCCAGAACCAACUUUUUAUAACCCAAUUCCUUGGAAGCCAAUUCAUAUGCCCCCUCCUAAGGAAGCUAAGAGUGGACCCGGAAAGAAGAGUAAACGACCUGCAACGACUCAGCCACUCCCAUCGUCAUCCCUGGCAGUUCAUAAUGCCAAGAGCAGCCUUUGCCUUGGAGCUCUGUGCCGAGUACAGAGAUAGUGUGCACAGAGCAUACCUAGCUACCCGGAGCUUACAUUUAAAAUCAGAAUAUUUUUCUUAACACUUCCUAAUCAGUAAAUCAACAUUUGAUGUGGUAAUUAACAGGUACCAAAAUUUUAAAUUUGUAUGUGGAAUCCUUAGAGUUAAAGAUAGUUUUUAUAUUUUGAUUUUUAUAGACCGUUAAGGUUGAUCUAAUGAUUGUGUUUUAGUUUUUAUUAAAACUCACUACAGUAUCAAUAAACCAACAGUCUUUCUUGUGUUCUUUUGUACUGUGUUAUUUGCUUGUGUUAUAUGCUUAGAAACAUACCAUUAAUUUGUUCAAACAGGUACUUCUAAACCUUACCUAAAUUAAAUGGGUUAGAAACCAAGAGAAAUAAAUUUCAAUGUUUACAAUGUUUGUUAACGGUUUUUAGUACAGUUUUCCAUAAAGGAAUUUUAAAGUUUUCCUUUUUGCAUUUAUUUAUUUUGUGUGAGUGUGUAUGUGUGUGGGCAUGCAUAUACUAUAACAUGACUGUGGAGAGCAGAGGCUAGCUUGGAGUGAGUCAGAUCUCAUUUCUACUGUGUGGAUUCUAAGGAUUGAGCUCAGGUCAUCAGACUUGUGCAGCAAGCACCUGUACCAGAAAAGUUGUCCCAUUGGUUCCCUGUGGAGGUGCUUUAAAAGCUAACCGAAAGACUGCUCUGCAGCACAGAAAUAAGAGUUGCAGUUGUUAAGACAAAAUUAUAAAAUACUAUUUUGUGUUGUAGAUCUGAUGUUUUUAUAAUGUUGAGACACUAAUAAUAUGUUGUUAAACUUUAUAAAAUCCUUUUUAUAUGCUUAUAGUUGGAUUGCUGGCUUUGAAGUUAGGGUCACCAUUUUCUCCUUUGUAAAUAAAUAAAUAAAACUGGGAACAUUCUGAUAAAAUCACCACUUUUUUUAGAAGUCUUUUUUAGAUGAUCAAAAAAAUGAAAAUGUAUUUAAAUGUGAUUUCUAUUUGGAAUAUAUUCUGAUUUUGCUAGAUUAGUAAUGUUAAGUUAUUGAAAGUAGUAGUUGGUAAAGAAAUACCAGGAAGAUCUUUGAAGAGUAAUUCUUGGCAUUGAAGAUCUAGAGGAACAGAGAGUUUAGAAUUAGUUUUAUUGGGUCAAAAGCUUUAGAGGCCCAUUUGAACACAGUUAAUUUUAUAGAGAAGAUGGAUAAUUUUCCAUGGUUACAUGCAUACCCACACACAUACCCUAAAUUCUUCCUGAACAAGUUUCUUGUUAUAACCCCCCUACUUCCCAAAUCCACUCCCACUCCCUGAAUCAUAGGCAUUUUAGAUACAUUUGUAAACCUACUUCACAGAUUAGGUUAGCUCUUAGCGCUAACUCUUGAGUAUAAAUCAUAAUACUUUUUGAGAAGUUAUGUAGCUAUCAGUCACUAAAUCAGAAGCUUGAUUAUACGCUAAUUGUAAUGGGAAGUCUGGAGGAUUUUAUGCAGGAUGUUGGCAAGAUCUUGUUUAUAGUUUGUGAUUACUCUGGCUGCUGUGAGGAAGUUGGCUGUGGUCUCCCUUCCCCCCAGCCUGGAACCUGCCUGCUCUA